AUGGCUUAUAGGGGGAGACCCGUCGGACCUCGAAGCUCGGGGUUCCCUCCACCACCACCACCACGGUUGACUGUGCGUCCUGUGAACUAUCUGACAGCUCCACCUCCCCAACUGGUGAACCCACCAAGCAGACAAAACCCUCCAGUUGUCCCCACUUCUUCUGUGGUACCUCCCUCACAGCACCCACCUCCUCCUCCACCUGCACAAAGUGGAGGUGGCUCUGUACCCACACUUCCACCUCCCCCACCACCCGUAGUUCCACCACCUCCAUCAGCAGCACAGACUGUUAACAAUUCCGGUGGCUAUUCCUCGCCACUUGUGAAUUCCGGUGGUCCACCUCCUCUACCUCCAUCUGGACCGCUUGGUAUUCCUUUUCCUCCUAAUAACCCAGUGGGGGUUUCCGUGCCACCACCUCCUCCACCGCCGCCCCCACCCCCACCUUCUCUUGUCAGUUCUGUGGCUGCUGCAGCUGCUGCUGUCCAGUGCCAGCCAUACCCAUCUGUUUGGGGCUCUUGCGCUAUUUUCCCAGUGCAACGAGCUAUGGCCCCAAGACCAAGCCAUUACUCGCAUUGGAAGGCUCCUCCUGGACAAAACCACCAGUUGCAACAGCAGCAGCAACAAGCAUUACCUCCUCUUUCUGCAAGGGGCUGCCUGGGAGGAACCAGUGGGCAUAAUGGCAACAAGGGCAGUGGGGGACAAAAUCCCAGCAGUGGAGGAGGGGGAGGCAUGUUUAUGCCCCCACCCAUAGUGAGUGGUGUUGGCGGGUGCCCAAUGAAGCCAACUUCUUCCCUAUCAUCUGGUAUUGGUACCAACGACAGAGAUUCCCUUAGUGAUAUUAUUCCUGUGAUUUCUUCCAAAGUUAGUGACACUGGUGGCUGCCAUGUUGGCGGCACUAGCAGCAGUCGAGAUAGGGACAGGGAGAGAGAGAGAGACAGAGACAGUGUCCACAUUUCUUCAUCAAAUUGUUUGUCCUCUUCCUCAUCCCACGGUAAGAAUGUUGGACCUUCUGUUGGGCGUGACAGAGACAAGUAUAUGUCAUACAGCAGUAGCAAGCAGUCUUACAGUUCUUCUAGAAAUAGCAGUAGCAGCAGCAGCAGCAGCAGUCGCUCUAGGAGCAAGGACAGAAAAAAGUCCUAUGACCAGCGGUCAGUCUCCCCUCAUUAUUCGCGGCGAAAAGAUAAUGAUAAACAUAAUAGCUCUUGGAACAGAUCAAGCAGGCACCGGUCGAGAUCUCCAUCUCCAAGGAAGAGAGGUAAGAGUAAUGACCGAAGAGAACGACGACGCAGCCCAACACUAAGUUCUUGUAGCAGUUCCAGUACCAAGAAGCGUUCUUGGACUAAAGAUUCUUCUGAUGUCAGAGAUUCUAGUCAUACAAAGAAAGCCAGUCGAACUGAGAAACCAGAGGCUCCAGAUUUGCCUCGAAAGGAGCACAAAAAAGAGAAAGUUGAGAAAAACGACACACCAGCAUGGAUCAGGUGUUCUCCUGCCGAUUUGUACUUUUAUCGAGAUAAACAAACCAAUUGCUUGAUGGGCACCCAGAAAAUGAUCGAUCUUGAGAACCGCUUUCAAUGUGAUCUCUGUGACCGUGCAAAGCAAAUUAUCGAGACACGACCAAAAUAUGAAGAACCAAGACGAUCCCUUGCAACACAUAUCCAUGAUGGUACAGAAAGUGAAUCUUCAUCAUCCUGCCAUUCUACCCCCAUUGAAGACUCUUCUGAUGACACCGAUGAUACGGACGACAGUGGAUCGGAGGAAGCCACGAAUGAGUGGUUAGAGGAACUGAAUCGAAAAAAGAGACAUCCCUACCGCUUGCAUGAGGAACUUUGGUACAAUGAUCCUGGGGAGAUGAAUGAUGGUCCUUUGUGUCGAUGUAGUCUUAAGGCUCGAAAAACAGGAAUCAGGCACAAUAUCUUUCCUGGUGAAGAGCCAAUAAAUCCUUGUAUUGAUGAAAGUAAUAAUGCCAACAGAUUGUAUCAUUAUCACAUAACCAUGUCACCUCCAACCAACUUUUUAGUAACUCUCUUCUUUCUCUUUUCUCUCCUCUUUCCUUUUUCUCUCUUCUUUCCUCUUACCGUUUUCUCUCUUCUCUCUCUUUUCUCUCUCCUCUUCCUUUUUCUCUCUUCUUUCCCUUUUUCUCUCUUCUUUCCCUUUUCUCCCUUCUCUCUCCUUUUUCUCUCUUCUUUCCUUUUUCUUUCUUCUUACUAUUUUCUCUCCUCUUUCCUUUUUCUUUCUUCUUUCCCUUUUCUCCCUUCUCUCUCCUUUUUCUCUCUUCUUUCCUUUUUCUUUCUUCUUACUAUUUUCUCUCCUCUUCCUUUUUCUCUCCUCUUUCCUUUUUCUUUCUUCUUUCCCUUUUCUCUCUUCUCUCUCCUUUUUCUCUCCUCUUUCCUUUUUUUUCUUCUUUCCCUUUUCUCUCCUCUCUCCUUUUUCUCUCCUCUUUCCUCGCUUCUUUUCUUUUUUUGA